AUGAUUGAGAAAGCGUAUAAUGAUAUAUUUGGAGGUGUACACGUGCAUGACAAUCAAAAGAGGAAUGCAAAAAUUUCCGGUUACUAUUUAUAUGAAUUUGAUGUCCAUCCUGAGUAUAAUAAAGAAAGAAAUAAGCUGAAAUGGAAAUCCCAUUUUAAAAUGCAUAGGAUAAGCAAGGAAGUAGAAGAUGCAGUGCCAUUUAAUAUAGAGACGCUUAACUCCUAUAUAAAUAGAAGUAUACAGAGAGGUAGCAAUCUUAAAGCAGAGAGCAAAAGCUGCUCUAACCCAGAUGAAAAGACGCAGCCCACUCUUCUCCAUGGGAACAAGUACAAUGAUAUCGAUACUUUCCUACUUGAUCCACAAAUCCACAGAUCAAACUAUAAAAGAAGCAUUGUAUUCGGGGCUCUGCUAUAUGCAAUGCCUGAUAAAAGCCGAACUACCAACUACCCUAUGCAACUAGCAUAUAACAUCAUGGGAAGCGCACAGUCCAUGGAUAAAAAGGAUAGAGAUAUGAUUUUUUUGUUGCUUAGUUUGGGGUUGGAAGAUAGGUACCAUUCACAUAUAUGCAUUGAUAAGAGUGCAUAUAAAGAUCCGAAAAUUUUUAUGGAGACAAUAGAAGAAGUACUACACUUUGCAAAAAGCACAAACUUUGCAUUAGAUAUAGGAUAUGCUGAUAUAAUUAAAGACCUAAUGAUUAAUUGCCGAAGAAAUUGCCUGAAAGAUAGUUACUAUUCAGAAUUGGAAUCUUUUGCUAAAAAACUCAGUGGUAUGCCUAAAGCAGAGGAUUUAUUUGUCAAGAUUUUGACACGGGAUGGAACCACUGCGCAGCACAUCAUUGAAAUCGCUAAGUCUAUGAAGAAAACAGAAAAAGCAAUUCAGGUUUUUGAUUAUAUGAGACAUAGUAACCAGUUUUUGCUGUGGAUUAUUCUGGGUAUAGUCCAAUUUAAGCACGGCAAAUGGCAUACUCUGGUAAAAGAAUGCUAUGCCUUAUUUCAAAUAAUAAAAUCUGGGAAUGACUUCAAAGACUAUUCUCUUAGAUGGGGAUGUAAAGUAAGUCUAGCAAAACUGUUUGAUGAGAUAGAACCUAUAGUGUGCGUUAAAGACAACAAGUAG